UUUGUUAUAUAACAUACAAGCCCACAUCAAAAUAAACAAACCAAGAUAAUUUUGUAAAAUAGUUAAGAUGAUGAUGAUGAUGAGAGUAGCGUUUGCGAUGACGUGCAUGCUGUUUGCAAUCACAACCGCCGACAAGGGUGACCGUCCCUGGCCCCGUGAGUGCCUAGAGGUGGCGAACGUUAUGGUGGAAGAAUGCAAGCUGUUCUUCGUCGAACAGGAAUCGCCUCCCACCGCCGAGUGCUGCGGCUGGUUCAGUAGCCGCCGUGAAAAGGCUAAGGACAGGAGGCGGAUUUGCCGGUGUAUGGAGUUUCUGACCACAGCCUUUGAAGCAAUCAAGCCAAGCGUUUUGUCUCUCUCUGACCAGUGCCAUUUCGGCGGGGGCUUCCCCAUUUCUAAAAACCAUGCAUGCGCUUAGUAUGGGAGAUUCGAAGAUGAGAAUAAGUAGACAAAUAAAAUCAUGAUGUUGUAUCUCAAGGCUGUUUCAAUUUCUUAUUUCAUUUAUUUGUAUGAAAAUAAACCGCAUUGCUAAAAUAAAUAAAUUACAUCUUCUGGGCA